CCAACGAGUUAGGAGCAGGGAACCCGGGCGCAGCCCGAAUGGCGGUGCGGGUCGUGCUGCUGCUGGCGGUUUCGCAGGGCCUGCUGGCGAGCUCCAUCGCCACGGCGACUCGGCACGUGUGGGGAUGCAUCUACACCGACGACAAGAUCCUGAUCACCUACCUAUCGGUCGUCGCCCCGAAGAUCGCGGUGUGCAACUUCAUCGACGGGAUCCACGGCGUCCUGUCUGGCUGCGUCAGAGGGUGCGGGUGGCAGAACUGCGGCGCGUAUAUAAGCCUGGGGGCGUAUUAUUUCGUCGGCAUCCCGGUGGCUCUGCUCUUUGCAUUCGUUUGGCGUUACGGUGGAGAGGUAAGCUUAUAACGAUGUGGAAUCUAAGGUAUCAUGAAAUUGAAGUAAAUUCACUGUUUGUUGAGAGACGGGAAUUCGUGGAUCUCAUGGAUUUGCAAAUCUCGCAUUUUAUUUGGAAUUUGAUCAUGGGAAGCAAAAAUGUGAGACAAAUCCAUCGUAAAUCCAUAAUAAAAAAAUCAACUAAACAAAGUACUCUUUCAAAUCCAUAAUGCAAUAAAUUCAUCAUAAAUCCAAAGGUUAUCAAAAUUCAAAACCCUCAUUUUCAAAACCAACAAGCAAAGGAACUCCAAGAGAGUGGUAUAAGAUCCAUAAUAAUCUACCCCAUCAAUUCGAGUUAUUAGGAUAUAAGUUAUUUUUGGCAUGGUAUUAGAGCCUUUUGUGACAGACAGGUCUUCUGUUUGAAUCUCGAUGACCUCGUUUGGAAAGCACAUGGUAUUCUCAUAUUCAUAACAUGUGCAAGCAAAAACUCUUAUGACUUGAUUGGCUUUUGUUUGAGAGGGUGUAUUAGUGAGAGUGGUAUAAGAUUUAUUAUUGAUAUAAGUUAUUUUUGGCAUGGUAUUAGAGCCUUUUGUGACAGACAGGUCUUCUGUUUGAAUCUCGAUGACCUCGUUUGGAAAGCACAUGGUAUUCUCAUAUUCAUAACAUGUGCAAACAAAAACUCUUAUGACUUGAUUGGCUUUUGUUUGAGAGGGCGUAUUAGUGAGAGUGGUAUAAGAUUUAUUAUUGAACCUCUCCCAACAACUCGAGUUAUUGGAAUCAACUGGUUCUCGAUCAUUUACCAGUUACUAACAAUCCCCUCUCAAACGAAAGCCAUCUCAUUUGGGCUGGAAGUUUGCACGGGUCAGAAUAUCAUGUGCUUAUCAGAAUGGAUGGGGUGAUCGUGAUUCGAAUAGAAAACCUCUCGGUCUAAAAGGUUCUAAUACCGUGUUAAGAAUUUGUUGAUACCAAUAACUCGAGUUGAUAAGAGAUGUACCAUUAUCAAAUAUAUACCACUUACUAACAAUAUUUUGGAUCAUGUACUAAAUUUUGAUUGCAUGAAAACUUGGCAGGGUUUUUUGCUUGGAAUUAUAGCUGGGAGUAGUGUCAAGGUCAUCUUGCUCCUCGUCGUCACUGUCAGCAUCGACUGGGAAGACGAAGUAAAUUCAUUGCUUUUCACUUUCUGAGCAGUGUGAAGUGAAUAGUUCUGUAACCAGCUGAUGAAUGUGUUUGAAUGAAAACAAAUUUGCAGGCAAAGAAAGCGAAGGAAAAUGUGGAUGCAUGUAGCAUGCAGCAAUAAGAGGGAGGGUUAGAUGAGUUGAAUUCCAACUUCCAAGAGAUGGAGGCUCCGGGGAGAACUUCUCUAGCAUGGCCAUCAUCACAUUGGCAACCGUAGUUUGUAGGGGUAUUCAAACUGAUUGGUUAUCGUAUCGUGAUAAUCAUUUUAACAUCAGUAUUCGGUUUAGUUUUGUUAAACUUUUUCAUUUAUUUGAUUUAGGUGGUUUGGUUUCGGACAUUGCUAACCGAUCAAAUCAAUUAACCAAUUAGGAAUACGACAUAUAUAUAAUAUAUUAUACAAUACAUACUCAUACUUUGUAUAACCACUCAAGAGUCAAACAUUCAUCCAUUUUCGGAUUCAUAAAAAAAUAAAGUUAAUUGUUGUUCCUAUACUAUACAUUGGCGUAGCCAGAAAAUUAGUAAUGUGGGGUCCAAGUAUUAAUCAAAUACGACUCAUGUCUUAAUGGUAAAAGUGUUUAGUUUGGAGCAUGGUGUCCAAAGUUCAAUUCUCUUUUUCCUCCCUUGAAAAUUUGUACUGUUUGGACGUGGCCUUACCUUGCUAAUGGGGUCCAUUGACCCCACAACCAACAACAUGGCUCCGCCAAUGAUACUAUAUUUAAUUUGGCGUGGACAACAAUAUAUAAGCUUAGUUUGGUCCUGCAGUAGUUUUUGCAGAAGCAACUUUUGGCUGGAGCUUUUAGAUAAGUACUUUAAAAAAAAGCAGUUAAGUGUUUGGCUGUAAAACUAUUAGAAGUGUUUUUUAAUAUAAGAGGUUGUGUAAAAUGACUAUAAAGGACUUAUAAUAUAAAAUAUGAAUAAAAAUUCUAAACAAUAAAAAUUAGUCAAAAUGGAUCUUGUUAGAUUUCUUUUAUGUUAAAUAAUAUGAUUUUAUAAUUUAUUUUAUUUUUAAAUAAUACAAAUGAAGGAAAAUUAUAUUUUCUGAAAUAAAAUUAAAAUAUGGUAACUUCCUAGACUAACAUGUCAUGGUAUUGAAACAAUCAUGCCAAUGUGAACAUGAUAACACACAAAAAUGAGGGUAUACAAAUUGCUAAAUUAGGACACUAUUAUAUGUCAAACUGGACCGUAAUAGAAUUUUUGUUUAUACUGCGGUAUGAUCAUGUCAUAUUGGUCAGAGGUAUAGUUAGACAUUGAUAGAAAAGUAAGGAUAUGGUCUCGUGUGACCAGAAAACAGAAAUUAUCUAUUCUAGUUCUAUUAGAAACUAUGAGUUUGACUUAUGCAUUUGCUUUUCCCCAAGCAAAGAUGUGACAAAUUGUGCACGAUGCUUCUUGGUGUCCAUGCUUAUGUGCUAAUUCGACCAUCACGAUACUUAUAAGUCUCUCCCUGCCACUUACCUCCUUGGUCUCAACAUAAACCUUGGCAUACCAUAUUUUGUUUUCAACCAUAAACUAUACAUCGAAUCUAUGCUUCCGUUGUCGGAGAGGAUAGUUCAUUGUAUACCAUACGUUGUUGUUCAUCAUUGGCAUCCGAUAGGUAAUUUUACGAACUCUCUGAAGAACAUUUAUAGAAGUUUGUUCCUCGCAAAUUUUAGAGAGUUCAUACCAAGUGAAUUUGAUGUCCGUCCUCAUAUCAGUGGAUUCACCCAUCCUCAUGAAUCAAUCCUAGAGUGAAAU